GGCAUCGUCGUGGGAUCUCGAAAAGACUACAAUACCCAACAAAUCCAAAGAGUGGAGUUAGACAGCAUUAUACUAACUUGCCCAGAAAUCCCAGUGAGCCCAGAGACGGAUGUGAAGCGCCGGGUGCAGCAGAACAGGCGGCGGUCCUUUCUGGAGGCCCCAGGGAGCGUCGCCUCGUCAGCCAAGAGGAUGGAGCCCCAGCCGCUGGAUCCUCAGGACUACCUGACCGUGUGCGGCAAGUGCGACAAGCCCAGCGAGGAUCAUGUGCGAUGUCAGAACUGCGGCAACCCCCUGGCUGAGGAUACCCCAGCCCCUGCCCCCACCCCCGCGGAGCCCCGUGUCCCCCCCCUGGCCAGGAAUCCCAUCCGGCCGCAGGCGGCCACGGGACCAAGCAGCCUGGCAGUGAGCAAGAGCUUCUACGGCGCGGCGUCCGGCAUGAGGGGGCCGCGGGGCGACGUGGUGAUCAGCCCGCCUGUGCGCAUCACGCGGGGAAGCCUGCCGCUGGACGGGCGGCCUGCGGGGGCGCCAGGGAGCGCCGUCACCUACUCCAAGGCCUGCAGGGGCAAGAGGCAGCUGCCCAGCAAGCAGCACGAGCUGAAUGAUCCCAUUGUGCUGUCCAGCGAUGACGAGGACCAGGAUGGAGAAAACAGCAGCACCGGCAGCGUCAGCCGGCUGGACAAUGUCUCCCCGCGGCCCGCCGAUUCGGCACACUCCUCACCGGCGCCCUGUGGUGGCAGACUGGAGGCCGCCGUCAAAGUCCUUCCAGAACAGGAGGAGCUGAGCUCCAGCUUCUUCAUGGAUAUGGACUCCAGGAUCACCCUGCCGAGGAAGAGUCGGAUGAAAGACCAAUUCGGGAAUGCGGUGGCUGAUGAUACCACCAACCUCAAGCGGCGGAAGGUCAUCAGCAAUAUGAACAGCAUCAUCCUGGACUGCCGGAGCGUGCGGCUGGGCUCGCUGCGCCGGAUGGUCACCAAGCCUGUCAUAUUCUCCGUCGACUACAUCCAGCUGGAAACUGAAGGUCCAGAGCAGGACGUCCUGGAGAAGGUGAGGCUGAGGGCCUCUGAGCUGACCAGCUGCGAGUGGUGCACCGUGCGCAAGCUGCCUGUAAUCUUCCUGCAGACCACAGCCAGCGAGUGCCUGCGUCUGCGCAGCCAGCUCAGGAUGUCUCGUGGGCGCAGCUUGUGGUACGACUGCAAGAGCACAGAUCUGGCUGAGCAGUACAUCGUCUUGAUCUUCGAGGAUGGGCUCUCAGUGCGGGUGGAGGCCAUCCUGGAAGAGAUUCUUCAGGAGAUCGGCAGAUCAAACAACUUAAGUGACUUUCCAGCCAAAUUGUCAUUUGAGGAAGCCAACAAGAGACUAGUCCGGUAUAAUGGAUCAGAAGCAAAGCUAUCGGAGGACGGUCGUCAAGGAAGGACACGCCAGUCUACACGCCUUCAGCCCUUGUUCGAGGACGAUGACGACGAGGCAGAGGACAUGUCUGAGCUCCAGCCCACCUUCACGGGACCCGUAGUUAAGUUGAUGGUUUACCCUCCGGCUCCAGCCAAAGGGGGCAUUUCUGUCACUAACGAGGACCUUCACUGUCUCAAUGACGGGGAGUUUUUGAAUGACGUCAUCAUUGACUUUUACUUAAAGUAUUUGGUCCUUGAGAAGUUAAAGCUAGAAGAUGCCCAGCGCAGCCAUAUAUUUAGCUCCUUUUUCUACAAGCGUCUCAACCAGAGAGAGAGAAGGAACGUCCCGGACGCUGCCCACCUGCCAAUCCAGAAAAAGAAGCACAACAGGGUGAAGACGUGGACCCGGCAUGUGGACCUGUUUCAGAAGGACUUCAUCUUUGUCCCCAUCAAUGAGUCGGCUCACUGGUACCUGGCUGUGAUCUGCUUCCCGGGCCUGGAGAGACAGAUUUGCGAGCCCAAUCCUCUGUACCAGGGCCCGGGGUCUGUGCCAAGGGCCAGCCCUGUAGACGCCUCGGCAGAGGACGAGCUGCUGCGGGUGUCACCACCUGAAGAGGAUGGCCAGCACAUUGCAGACGCCUCCUCCGAGAGCGACUCCAGCAGUGAUCAGACCAAAUGCUCCACAGCGCCCCCCAAAGGUGGUGGACGGGAGCACCGCGCAGGACUUAAUGGCCAGAGCAAUCCCCAGCCAUACUAUACCGAUGGCCUGCACCGUAUCAGUGUCUGUUAUGGAGGCCAGGGAAGAGCUGAGGAUGUGUGCACCUUCUCAGACGACCAAAGCUCCAGUCAGGAUGAGUGCAGUGAGGAUGGCACUCUGGCGGAUGAUAGUCUCACUUCCUGUCAGAGCACUGAAUGGACCUCCAGAGACACCAUCUGUAAACAGCCUUGCAUCCUUAUUAUGGACUCCUUGCGUGGUCCAACCAGGUCAACGGUGGUGAAAACUUUACGAGAAUACCUGGAGGUAGAGUGGGAGGCUAAGAGGGGAACCCAGAGGAGCUUCGGCAAGGAUGUCAUGAGAGGAUCCAGUCCCCGCGUUCCCCAGCAAGACAACUUCAGCGACUGUGGGGUCUACGUUCUGCAGUAUGUGGAGAGCUUCUUUGAGAGCCCCAUCCCCAGCUUCCAUCUGCCCAUGAACUUGUCCGAGUGGUUUCCGCAGCAACGAAUGAAGACCAAGCGUGAGGAAAUCAAGGAGCUCAUUCUUAAAAUUCAGAGCCAGCAGCAAUUGGACAAGAAAGGCCAGUGUGCCCCCAGAGACCUGGACCCAGGGGAUGUUUCUGACCUGAAGCCCCCCCCGAGCCCCUGAAAGCCAGCACUGCUGCUGUACUGUUAUCCUGUCAUGGUUCGCCUUGGUCCCGCUCGGCCUGUUUUGGCCCAGACUAGCCCCAGUCACCCGAUGGGCCACCCGUGAUUCUACGCUGCUGGACUCCCUUAUUUCUAUUCUAUUAAACCGACCUAUUCCUUCCGUUAAUGACAGAGAACAUUUUAAAUUUGUAUCAAAUAAAAAAUGUACAUAUGUUGAGUUCAUGCUGCCUUUGUAAUUUAGUGUUUGUUUUUUUCCCCUCCCAUUCAUAACCUUUCAGCUGCUGCGUUACCAGAAGGCUGUUACACUUCUAUGGAGCUUGAAGAAUUUGUGUGAUACACUGUUUCAAUGUUCAUGCACAAAGCUUUCUCCCCCACCUUUGAGCUAUGUGUAAAGUGGAUGUUACUUUGUUGAAAAUGAUCCAGUGGGAGUUUGUUAUUCACCUUUUCCAGGUUAUUUUUUAUUAAGGAAAGUUGCUAGCUGGUGCCUGUUUAAAACGCCUUCUGACCUGUGACCACGUACUUGUGGAUAAACCUUGAGUAUUAAACACGUGGAAAUGGAGGAAAGACCUGUGCUUUACUUCUUACUAUGAAAGAUUUAGUGUUUUGUCUAUUUUUUUAUUUUAUUUUUUUUUAAGAGUGGAUGCUUAAUUGUAAUGAGCCGUCUGAAGAGAUAUAACAGGGUUUCAUGUCAUUCGUUUUGCCAGGGAACAACUUCCCUCACCUGUUUCUUCUAACUUGCUAGUUUGUCAGGUUAUCUGGUUAAUUAUUCACAGAAGAGCACCUCUUCCGCCAGUGCCAUCUGCUACCUUGCAAUGAAGCCCGGCAGAUGGAUGGGCCACCGCCUUCGACGCUGUGUCUUAAGGAGACUAGGAACAUCACAGUGCAGCAGACCGUGGACCAAUCAUCAAACUGUCAAUAAAUGGCAGAACUAACUGAUGGAAGCAUCCUGAAGCUCUGUUAACUGUCAGACACCCGUUCACCGCAUAAUAAUGGCAUCCCUCGGUCAAGACAAGCAUAAUGGAACGCCUGCUAACUGUCACUGCUGCAGGAGGCCAUGCAAGGCCAUGGGCUGCUGUGUCUUCAGAUUUUAUUGCAUUUAUAACUUGUCUUGCGACUCAGAACCUUUAAUGUGAAGUGCCACUAAUUUGGCCUUCAUUU